GAAAACUGGACAACUUUAAUAGCAGAAGACACAAAAGACGUUCUGGAGUGGGCUUCCUGCGUGAACAACGACACCCUGGUACUAUGUUAUCUGCAUGAUGUCAAGGUUAGUAGCGUUUGUCAAUUCGCCAUCCUUGAAAAUUUAGGUUGAAAAUGCAGGUUGAAAAUGCAGGUUGAAAAUGCAGGUUGAAAACUCAGGUUGAAAAUUCAGGUUGAAAAUUCAGGUUGAAAAUUCAGGUUGAAAAUUCAGGUUGAAAAUUCGGGUCGAAAAUUCAGGUUGAAAAUUCAGGUUGAAAAUUCAGCGGCUUUCUUGGUUUUUGAGCUUCCGCGAAGCCCACGCAAAAUACACGCAUGUUAUAAGUGGUGACUCUACUGGCCGCCAUCUUGCCUACACCCAAUCAUAGGGCCGUUUACCACUAGGAGUUAUCUUUCUAGUAUUUCUAUAGAGUUCAGUACAGUUUCCUCGUAUAGUAAUAAUGAAAUUUCCUGGUUUUUUGUCAGAAUGUGUUAUACCUACAUCGCUUAGCAGAUGGCUCACUAAUCAAGGAACUUCCCCUGGACAUUGGUAGUAUUGUUGGAUUUUCUGGCAAGAAAAAACAAACUGAAGUAAGUAAUUUAUAGAUGGGUGGUAACUGUAGUCAAAAUCAGGCGCAGCGCUAGACCUCUUUGAUUGGGGGAGGGGGGAGGGGGGGUAAGUAAAUUUUGCCGAGUUAUGAAGGCAUUUUGCCAAGUCACUGAAAGCACUAAUUAAUAUUUGUUUUCCCAAAAUUGUUGGCAAUUAUAGGAGGGGGGACAUCAUAUUUGUCAUUAUUAUUUUGUGUUCAACCGCCGUUGUCGUUGCAUUUUUCCCUAAUUGUUUCGUAAAUUUCUCCACAUUUUAGUAGCUAUAUCAUUUAUAAUUUUAAUCCAAAUCCGUAGCUAUAUCAAAUAAUUAAUUUUUAUCCAAAUCCAUGUUUUGCCGACUACCUUACGACUGGGGGUGUCCCCCCCCCCCCCCCUAAGCGCUGGCCCUGGUCAAAAUAUGUUCUUAUAUUUAUUAUUUUAUUGUUUUUAAGAUAUUUUAUCAAUUUACAAGUUUCCUUACACCUGGAGUUAUUUUUCAUUAUGAUCUCGCUUUUCAAGACUCCGCUCCUAAG